ACACAAGGUAGGACAAGACACUGCAAACAUGGAUCUGAAGUACAUAGAGAAUGUAAUGAAAGACUCAGAAAGUGGGAUGAUGGAGAAGAAAGAGACCCUUAUUUCCAAUAGUAAUAAGACUGAGCAUGGCAACCAAGAUGUUGAUUAUGGCACUGCUCUCCAACUCAUUCUUGAUCACAUCCCCAUCAGCUCCAUUCCUGGCAUCAAAAACUCAUCUGUUUUGGAAUUGAGAACUGGGGAUAGUGUGAGGGAUGCAAUACAUAUGUUGUACGAGAAGGAUGUGUUUGGUGCUCCCAUUGCUGAUGUCUUAGGCCUUGAUGAGAGCACUAGUGCCACCAGAAGAUUUUCGGAUAAGUACAUUGGUUUCAUUGAUUUUGCAAGCAUGGUUCUCUGGUGUCUUGAGGAAUUGGAAAUGGAAGAAAGGCAUACAAAUGGCAAUGGAGGUAAAGCGAUUAAGAAGAAUGGUUUCACCACCAUGCUAGAACAGAAUCCUGACAUUGGCCAAACCAAGGUCAGCGAGCUAGCCAAAUCAUUCCUGUGGGAUCCAUUUUUCCCUGUACAGUUAGAUGAAACACUCUUUCAUGUUCUGUUGCUUCUUUCAAAACAUCGAGUGCAAGUUGUUCCUAUUAUAGAGCGGUCCAAUUCUAAUGUCAUUGGUUUCAUUACACAGAAUGCAGUCAUCCAAUUGCUUCUUAAAUCAAGUGGAAUAGAGUGGUUUGAUAGCAUUGCAGACAAGGCUCUAUCAGAGAUCAGAUUUGAGAAUGAAGAGCAUGUUGCUUAUGUAUAUGGGGACCAAAGUAUAGCAGAAGCCCUUCACGCUCUGCGGGAAAGCCAAAUUGGUGCCAUUGCUGUCAUAAAUCGAGGAAGUAAGAAGCUCAUUGGUAGCAUAAGGAGAAGUGACAUUCAUCUUAUUAUAGAGAAUGACAAUCUUCUUCAUAAUAGAAAGAACCUAACUGCAGAGGAGUUCGUUCACAUGGAGACCAAUAGUGAAGACUUUGAUCCAUUGAUUGAACAAGACCUUGGGGCUCUUUUAUCAUCAGGAACACUCUGUCUAAGAAACCGUUUUCUGCCAAGAAUGGACUCACCAGUUACCAACAAGAAAACUGACACUCUCAAGCAAGUGAUGAAAAACAUUGCAGAGACAAAAAGUAGUUUCAGUUUUCUAAUUGACGAUAUGCAGCAAGCAACGGGUGUGCUGACAUUGAGGGACAUAAUCAUUCAGUUUGCUCCACCAUGUAUAGAUUCGAGCAUACAUGGAGGUGGAUUUUUUGAAUCUGCUCUACAACAAACUGGGUGUCAUGUUGAAAAUGGAACUUUAGCUUGUAAUCAUUGAUCUUUUGUAUUCAUUGUUUAAGUAAAAAACAAUUGAAUUUUUAGUCUUGGUUUAACUUUCUUGCAAAGCUAGAUGUACAAGUUCUACGCCUUCUUUUUUUUCCCAGUCAGAUUCAAGUUCUGAUAAUAAUACACUGAAGAGACAAGUUUGUAUGGAAGUACUGGUACCAAUUCGUGUUCAAUAGAGUAAGCCCCUUGUACCAAAAAAGGGCAAAAGGAAAGAUACAGAACCUGAAACAGACCUCAAAGCAGUCUAAACAAAGUAAACUACAUCUCAAUCAGUUAAUCAUGAAAGCACAACAGCAACAAAUGAAAACAAUACAGAAGGAAGUUACACCUGGCCUAUACUAUUGAAAAUAAACUUGUCAGGCGAAAAUAGGCCAUUAUCAGAUAUGAAUAUCAAAGUGGAAGAGAAAUGAAUCUCUUGGUGAAUAACAGAAGUGACCCUCCUUUUUUCAGCCAAGUGAAAAAUGAUAGCUCAAGAACAUUUCAGUUGAGGCUAGUAGGACAAAGCACAUACGUUGCAUAAUUCCUGUCCACUUCAACCAUUUAGUAAUCAUAAUUAGACUAUUCUCUCACAAAGUAGUCAACCAAAAGAUACAUUAAUAAUAUCAUAGGAAAGGUAAAUACCAAAACUAUUGAAGCAUGCACAGCUUGACAGUAUCUACAAAAGAGAAGAAUUUUAAGGCCUCUCUCCCUCUCUUUAAUUAUAUUACAUGCAAGUCUGCCUGUCCUUGUGUGUUUUAGCAUGUGCGCCAAUUAAGAUGCACAAACUUUAUCUCCUCGUGUAAUUUCAAUUCUUGGUUCCCAUGCGUUACAAUGUUUCACUCCAGGUAUUCUGGGAGGAACAGGAGGCCACAUCAGCAGCAUGGCAGAUGCUUUCAACUUCAUCAAAUUAAGUGAUGGCAGCAUCCCCUACCCCCUCCUCCCCAGAUUGCCACAUCGAGAAACAUAUCCUCUUUGGAAUUCUUCUGACUGCACAUCAAGAGAACAUAUUCCUAAAGAGUAAAGAGAAAUGAAAAAUUACUAAUAAUUCAGAA